AAAAAGAAAAAUUCCUGAAGUCAGAUAAUACUGCGACGGAGAAUAAAACCGAAAAAGGAUCACGGCAAGAACCGACGACUUCCGAUCCUGUUCCUCGAUUCAGACAACAGCCUCGUUCGAUUCCGACGGGCAAUUUGCUCGAGCAGAAUCCCAAUCCGCAGACCGGAAAAGCGAAGUGGGUGCGCGAGGAUGGCGAAGUCGGAGCUGAUCGUGCUGGCGCUCUGCGCGAUCGCGUCCCUGGCUCGGGCCACCACCACCGAAGUCAGCUACUGCGAUAAGAACACUGAAUAUGAUGUGAAGGUGACAGGGGUUGAGAUUUCGCCUUAUCCGGUUGUGAGAGGCAAGACGGCCACGUUCAGCAUCUCUGCAUCAACGGGUUUAGCAAUCCCUGGAGGGAAACUGGUUAUUGAUGUUUCAUACUUUGGGUGGCACAUUCACACCGAGACCCAUGACCUUUGCUCUGAGACUUCUUGCCCCGUAACGACGGGGGAUUUUGUGGUUGCUCAUUCUCAAGUCCUGCCAGGAUACACUCCACCAGGUUCAUAUUCCCUGAAGAUGAAGAUGUACGAUGGAGACAAGCGAGAGCUUACAUGCAUUGGCUUUAAUUUCGACAUUGGGAUUGGCUCAUCUGUGGCAGAGAUUUAAGGAUAGUUGUGGACUAUGAAGUGUGCAUCUCAUCUGUGCUAGUUGGUCAAAGAUGAGUCCCUUGAAUUGUGUGAGUGGAUACUUCUAUCUUCUAGUGAUGAAAUUGUGUAAGUAUUUACUUGGUCCCUGGAAAUACAAUACGCUUAUAUUUUGUGCAUAGAGUUCAAUAAGUUGGCAUUGUGAUUGUUGAAGGUUUAAAAUCCUGUCUAGAUUGCAGUCAGGCUAUGCUGACUGUCUGUCUCUCUUAUUAUUCCUGUCAUUGUUGUGUAAAAGUUAUAUUUAAAGCAUUAUUAGUUCUAUGACACAAAUACCUGUUCAAUUACGGUAA